AUGGUAGAUCGCUCAGUUAUAACGAGUUCGAUUAUAACCAAUGUUGUGAAAGCAUUGAAUUUAUAUGCAACUCGAAGUGGGUUGAAUGAAUUUUUAAUGGUUAUCAAAGGACUGGACGCUGAAAUCCACGAUGAGUCGCAUAUCUUCAAAAUGAACGCCACCAUUAAAUUGGGCCAUCAGUUGUAUUUCUGGUACCUAGGUCCAUAUGUAUCGACCUGUGUGCUAUUAGUGUUUCAAACCAUAUUCUCAUCACCAGUGAACAGAAUGUGGCAAAGCACCUAUUCCUUUCCAUUCGAAUGGGCUCAACAACAUCAAAUCUAUACAAGCGGUCUAUUUAUUCAAGGAUUCGCAAACACUUGCAGCGUAAUCUUUGCAGUUGCGGCAGAUACUUAUGGCGUGAUUUUGAUUCAAAUUUUAUCAACACAUAUUAAGAUUUUACACGAACGAUUGGAAAUAUUGGGGACACUCAGACAUGAAAAGAAUUUCAAUAAGUUGAUCUAUUGCUGCAAGAUAUACGAAAACAUUUUAAGUUGUGAACAAUUAUUGGAAUCAAUUUUGGGACUGGCUUUAUUCGCUCAAUUCUGUGUGAGCGGUGUUGUUCUUUGCACAAGUGCUUAUCAACUGACCAUGAUUUCAUCCGACGAAAUAUCCAAGCUCUCUUUCAUAGUUAUGUACUUCAUGUGUAUGAUGACCGAAAUAUUUGUGCCUUGUUUCUUUGGUUCCGUUGCUUUAGAAAAGAGUCAACAAAUUCGUUGGAAAAUAUAUAGUUCAAAUUGGAUUGAUCAGAAUCAAAAGUAUAAGCAGGCUUUUCUUAUAUUUACCAGUAGAACUAUCAAGCCAAUUCAUCUAACUGUGUACAAAGUGCUGUAUUUGGAUUUGACCACAUUUUUAAGGAUUUUAAAAACUGCAUAUUCAUUGUUUGCUCUAUUGAAAAAUGUUUAAAGUUUAUCGGUUCAAAACAAUCAAUUGGACGCACUUUUGUCAACAUUGAAUCUGUCUAUUAUGGC